ACGAAAUAGAAUGUGUCGUGUCAAAAGCUGUUGUUGUCGGGUGCUUCCAUUUUACGAAUAAAGCGUGUGCAACUGAACGGAAAGUGAUUUGUUUGUUGUAAAAGAUCGUAAAAUGCAAUGAAAUUAAAACUUAAAGGAGUAAUUUGCCAAUAAGAAUAUCAAAACAAAAGAAAUAAUGAAUUCGGACGCUCACCGAUCGGCUCAUACCAGCGUUAUAUUGUUCUAUGAAAGUGUCGUGUCGGCUCGAGUGUCGUGCUAAUGCGUCGAGUGUUAUUAUUAUGUGUUAUCAUCGUAGACGCGCUUUACGAUAUUUUUUUUUUUGUGGCUCAAAUAAAAAUGUAAAAAUUAAGUGAAAUAUUUUAGUGAAAACAAACUCGACCACUACGGUAGUAUAUGUAUCUAAUAUUAGUGAAUAUAUACAUGUAUGUACAUAUACAUAUAUGUCCCACGAUAAUACUUUAAAAAUAUAAGCGCAGAGUGUCGCUUACACGCGUCAAACUCCAAUUGGCUUUAACCUCGUGAAAACUAGAAGCAUAUGUGCCGACUGAACAGGUGCUGCUCGCGUCUACGUCUAAUGAAAACGCGGUGGUUGUUGCAGGGGGAGGCUUUUGCAAAGCGCUAUAAACCGAAACACAGCCAACACAGCAACGAAAAGACUGAUCAGCCAAAGUAAAAAUAAUGUGCUCGGAAUUUAAACGCGAUCGCGUCGAACAAAUCGCGAUAGUGAGAUUGUCGGUAUACGCGAGCGUCAAACGGCUGGAGAGGCGUUUGUGAAUACAGCUCCUGUGCGCGGUAAGAUCAGCCGUUCGCGAGGCGCGAUAUUGACGCGAUUAGUGCAGCGAUCGACGCGAUAGACUGAACUGACGCGUUGAUAAACAUAAGCGUGUAUAAAUCUGUGUGCGCUAUUCCAUGCGCCUGUGGUUUCAUCAAGAUUAACAGGUGUUGCUGUCGCAUAUGAGUGUAUGAGAGGCUGCCAAGUGACGCACGCCGCACCGCAAGCCACAAGUGCAUAGUUCGCGUUCCAAGAAGUGUUUGUAAAUCGAAUUGAUUUACGCGAAUUACUCAUUCUCAGUGUCAGCGUGCGAACGUAGUAUAAGUUUCGUGUUAACGUGUAUCAUAAGUCUGGCGCAACGUACUACUCAUAGCACUCCGUUCAGCGUCAUAGCAAUUUUAUGCUAAUUAGCAAAAAAUUAUCGCUUUUAUCGAAAAAGGCUUUUGAUUAGGUGUCAGUUCAAAGUGCCCAAGGGUGAAUGUGAAAAGACAACGACGUAGGUGAUGUUAUACUCCAGCGGCUAUACCUCGAAAAUUUCUCAAACCUCUGUAUAUACCAUCGAUCACCGCGCGCAGUAAGCGUCUGAUUGUCUGGUGGCUGGCGUGCGUCAGUAGCGUUUACUAGCUGCGGCCGAUGGUCUUUUCUGCGUCAGUGGCUUCGCGACUGCGAAAAUGCCCAUUAUUAACAACAAUAACAAGCGCGCACCGAAGAACAAAAACAACGCUUGGUCACAGCUAAUCGCUGAUAUUUGCGUCAUGUAGUAUUGUGUCUUGACGUCAUUUGGCGUUGUGCAGCCAAUGCGAAUUGCAAUCGUGUAUGUCGACUGCAAGAACCCUUGAACACUAUACGUAGAGAAGAGAUCAAAAGCAAAAGGAGCUGCUACGUGCGUACGCACCCAAUGAAAAAGAAUGAGCAAAUUACCGAUAAACAAGAAAAGUAAUAUCAGCGAUAAGCGUAAGCAAGUGGCUGACAAAUUAAAUGUUAAAUGCCAGCCACUGUUGGCGCGAAGAAUGGGCGGCCACAUCAGUCGGCGGAGCACGGGAACGACUACAACUAACCCAACUGCCACAACAACAGCUUCAAACGCCGAUAUUUGCAAGAAAAGCGCGCGAGUAGCUCAGAGAUCCAUACGAACGAGCUUUGCUGCCAAAACCAGCGCUGAUAUUCAAACGACAGCCACAUUUACCGGUAGCACAUCCGAGUCUUCGGUCCAUUGUGUGCCAACCGAGGCACUUACUUCCGUGCACAUUCCACCAGCCACGUUGUAUUCUAUCUCCUUGAAUGAACUAAUUGACGGAGAGGCAGACGAUGCGCGCGGAGCAGCGAUCGCGGAUGACAUGCUUGGCUGGACUGACAUUGUUGACGGUGAGUUCUCGUCACACUCAGCGCCCAUACUAAGUGCUAUUCAUGCCACAAGAGAGUCAAUAGAUGCAAAUAAAACAGAAGAAACAACGGAUACAAAAAUAGCCACAACAAAAACGCACACGGCGGCAUUGACAGUUGCGCGAGUGUCGCGUUCACGUACACCAACGAUAAAACCGCGGGCGACGACCGCGGCGUUAGGGGCAAGCCAAUUAAAGAAGGGAAAAAAGAGUAAAGCAAGCACUACUACAAUGACAAAUGCGGUGACGGUGGCGACUACAACAACGGCGAAAGAGCAAACGCCGGUAGCAGCAGUGACGACGGCUCGGGAAGGGGCGCAUUCGUCUGUUAUACGACGAGUACAAUCGGCGGCUCAUUUGGCUUCGUCGUCGAGAAUGGAAGACGAACAGGUGGAAGGGGUGUUGUCGGCGGUAGAUGCGAAAUCAAAAUUCACUGAAAAUAAAUGUCCGUUGGCUGUGCUAACGAAUGUUAGUAAUCAGAGAAAACUUGAAGCGAGCACUACGAUAUCAGAACCAAAGCGGUGUACGCUUAAUAGCAACAACAUCAACCUAAGCGAAUACAACGACAGAACAAGUGAAGUAUACGUAGCGAGCAACAAGUGGCCAGCAGUUGUCAGUUUAGUCAACUCGGAGUAUGAUCCUGCUUGUGAGACAAGAGCACCCGCAGACACAAGCACCAAAAGCAAUAGCAAGGAUAUAAUAAGGGCAGUGACUUUGGCAGCGCGAAAGGCCAAACUUAAAUCGGAAUUUUUUAGAGAUUUCGAAUCGCAAGAGCAAGCAGUCAAACGUUUAACACAAACAACGACACUAAUUGAUGAUUGUGGGAUAUCGCGACGAUCACAGUUGGACGCAGUUAGCCCACGGUAUAGUAGAAAACUGGGCCCACACAUUGGAGUACCAACGAUAGCUGUGAACGCAGCGGAAACCUAUUCAUUCACAUCUUUAGUGGCAAGGCGCAAAUUAGAUUUAAAGAAAAAAUUUGAAAAACACAACACGAUAAAGACAUCUUACCCUUUGGCACACACCCAUCAAUCCUUGAUUCAUAAAAUCAGUGCAUUUCCACGUGUGGAAGAAUUAGUACAAAUAUUCGAAAGUCACUCAAAGUGUUCCGCUAUUAAAAUGAUUGUGAAUCCGAACAAAACUAGCGAGUCAGGAGAUAGCAAUAUGUUGUCCUUGAAGCCGGAGAGAUUGGCGCAGCGCAACAGUCCACUCUCGGACGAGGGUUGCAACCUUGGACAGAGUCCUUACUCAUCUGACAAUGAGGACAACGAAUUGGCGCAGACCACUUCCGCGGUUGGCCAAACAAAGCGUAAGGAUAAAGUGGCACGAUCUGCCAGCAGUGAUUCGGCACUAGGUUUGGACGUUGACGAGUCAAUGGAUACAACACCCGCACAGCCACCGGUUGGCCCACAACAGCGAAGAAUGACACUCACCGUUACGGAUUUGCCACUGCGACCGGCACUUUUGCCACUAGCAGAACCCACCGCACUGCCAGACACAACGAUCACUGAGCUACCACCAACUAUCAGCAAUCCACCAGCCCCGGCUACGGUGCCCAGCAAGGUGUUGUUGGAGGAACGCGUUGUAGAGCUACCGGAGGAUCCGCGUUCUUUAGCGCCGUCACAGCCAUGUUCGCGACGCGAGUCAGCACAGAGUUGCGGUAGUGAUACUGCACCCACUGAGUUUCCGGGCGGUAGACGAUUUGUACGCACGCCUUCCGUAGUUGUGUCGGAUUAUUCCGAUGAAAUCAUGUGCGGUAUAACACUCGAAGAAAUUGAAUACUUUCGCGCACAGCGCAUGCGACGACGACAUUCCUCACUGGACACUGCCAACGAAGGUGAAGGCGAAUCGGAUGUGAGCGCCUCCUCCUCCUGCAGUAACCUAUACUACUGCGGCUCAACGAUAUCCGCAUUAGACGGCGCAGAGUGCUACGUGAACGGUGUACGUACCGCUUUAGAACGUAAAACAAGCGACUGUUCGACAUAUUCAGUCAGCGCUGACGAGGAGUCAUUCACCAUUCCUGAAGAUCCACAACAACAAACAGGCAAAGACCUGUCCGACCUACUGGCCGCACAACACCUGAGCACGAAGCCAGCAGCUAAGAAGGUAGGUUUGGUGGUGCCGAUGGGUGCGAACUUGGGCGAAAAUUCGCCCUACUGAAGCCGCACGCCCAAACAAAAUCUCAACAAACCUAAAGUAUUCUAAACUAUUUUUCCCAAAGAACUGUUGUAAAAUUGUUAAGAUUUAGUGAUUAACUGUAAAUUAUAUAAAUACUUGCGUAGACUCGGUAUGAGCGUGAUUACGCGCAAAAGCAAUGGAAAUUGUGCAUGUAUGCUUAUUCCGUUAGGCUAAGUGACAUUAGUCUAAUUUCACCUUGUCAUAUGGUCGGUGGGACGUGAAAGGAAUGCAGCUUUAAUUUAAUUUAUCUUAUCGUUGAGGUAUUUUAACCCAUUUUUGUUUUUAUUAUUAUUUGCUUUUACGACGCAUAUAAAUAUACAUACAUACAUAGACAUGUGUAUGAAGUUAUUUUUUUAAAUUAUCUACUUAUAUUGUCUCUAUGAUUUAGUGCGCUGACAACCGCGUUCGGCGCAGCGCAUGAAAGUGACACUUAUGUAUGCGUGCAAGUUGACACACAUACUUAUAUAUACAUACAUGCACAUAAAACUCGUUUAUGGAGCUACCUUUGCUAAUUAGCAAAUAUUUACUGGGCUGUACAAAUAGACGCACGUUUGUGUGUGUGUAUGGAAUCUGUCACAGCCACAGCGCUGCUGUCAUACCCAACCGUUAUCACCGCAUAUUUCUCAUCAUCACUCAUUUUUGAAAUGUUUCAUUUUCUUAUCGUAUUGUUUCAUCCUGCCAUGUUGGUAUUCUCCAAUUGUAUAUCUUAGUAGUUGAUAAUUAUGAAAUAAGACAUUUUUGGUAAAUGAAAAAUUGAGCAUUUCUAAGUAAUUGCAAAAAAGCUAAUAAAUGACGGUGCCAAAAAAU